ACACGCAUAAAUCUAGAAAUGGUCCAAAUAUUUUUUUCUCUUUUUUGCCCUUAGUCUAGCCACAUAGUCUUACGACAAUACCCUUGUCUUCAACCACGUAGCUUUUCAACUACGGAGUCACAGAGUGACACAGAUCCAUACCCACUAGACCUAUCUAGCCCCAAACUUUAAAAUUCAUCAUACAAGGGAUAAUUUCUUGAUAGUAAUCAAACAUGCCGCAUAGAACCCGACCUAUGACUGCCCUUUUGGUAUUUACUGGACUCAACGUCGCUCUGGUUUCAACCAUUACACCUGUCUAUGAUUUCGUGUGCUUUCUUCCAUACUGGGAAAGAAGGAGAGAACAACGGCGUCGAGAAUGGGAAGUUUCUUUAGCAAAGGGGUUUGAAUCAAAAUAAAAGGAUCUAUGAGGUAAAGAGAUGGAUAAGAAGACAAUAGAAGCUUUAUACGAGUACCUAUUGAUUUUCUCAUUUAUUUUCUGUAGAGUAGACACCAAAGAUUUGCAAGAAAUUAUGACUGAUCUCUAGUAAAUUAUAUUCUGUUUCAUCUAGGCACUGCUAUACUAGAUUCCCACCCAAUGUUUUUGUCUUUAAAUGGGCUAAAUAUUUGUACCUAGCUUUUGUUGGAAAAGCUAUCUUCUGUACUGUAGCCUUUCUCUUUAAAUGGGCAUUGCUCUGCUGCAGCUCUGCAUUGAUUUGCGAUCGAUCAUUUGGCUAAUAUUUCUAGACUCUAGUUCUUGGGCAGGGACUGAAAUUUUGGGUUUAUUUCCUCCAUUUUUAAAGGUUGGCUCAUCAUUAUGUAAACAUUGUGGUGGAGUCAAAUUAUUUCAUUCUGCAUUAUUGGCCAACACUAUGUAAUGGACUUGAAACAUGUGUUUCGAUCAGUA